CUACCAAGUUUUGUGGUCUGCCAUGUUGUCCAUUCUGCUCAGCUAUUUAAAAAAUGUUGAAUAUCAACAAUGGCUUUCACUGGGGCAUUGUCAACUUUUGUAUGAAGCAAUCUUGGCUGAAUGCGAUGGCUCCCAGUGCAGGGAGGGCUCGGCUCGGCGCUGCUGCGGAAUGGAAGACUGCCGCUCGCCUGCCCUUCUCUCUCUCGUCUCGGCUCAAAGCGGCACGGUUUGAGCGUCUUACCCGGCUCUCUCCAGCUAAACAGUCUGCAGGAUCCUAAAGACGCAGAGGGAAGGAUUUAGAAAGAGCGGCUGUGCAACGGUGAACAGAUUCAUCCCCAGGCACCCAAUCCAUUAUCCUGUCAACAACAGCAGGUCCCUGCCACAGUUACCAGCAACACUGGCCGUAAUGAAAUCAUCAGUAAUCCCAAAACUCAUCUCAUCAUACCCAAGGGCAUCCCGAAACACUGCGCGCAGGCAGCGCGCCACUCGGACGGAGGAGUGUGGGGCGCUCUCUGAUUGGUCGGCGCUGAGCUCAUUGUUAUGCUGUCAAUCUAAAUCACAUGGCCGAGCCUCUAUUAACAGCAGAGCUUGGCGCACAACUUUGCAGAGUUCCGUGGCAGAGCAGAGCAAGACACGCGGGACCGGUGUGGAGACUUUUAAAAGAGUUCGGUGCUUCUCAGCUGACCAGAGUAUUAUCUCUGUGAACUUUUGACUGACUACCGGCCGCUCUAUUUGGUGAGGCUCUUUAAACUUCAGCGUUUUUCGUUCGAGUGCGCGGCACCGCUUCCAAGUCGUUUGAAUGUAUAACAUGAUGGAAACCGAGAUUAAAAGCCCCCUUCCGCAGUCCAACACGGGCUCGGCGGCGGGCGGCAAAAACAACAGCUCCAGCGACCAGGACCGGGUCAAGCGGCCUAUGAACGCUUUCAUGGUGUGGUCCCGCGGCCAGAGGAGGAAGAUGGCACAAGAGAAUCCCAAAAUGCACAACUCCGAGAUCAGCAAGCGCCUCGGUGCUGACUGGAAACUUUUGACUGACGCCGAGAAGAGACCCUUCAUCGACGAGGCCAAGCGCUUGCGAGCCAUGCACAUGAAGGAGCAUCCGGAUUACAAAUACCGUCCCCGCAGGAAGACCAAGACCCUGCUGAAGAAAGACAAGUACUCCUUGCCCGGAGGACUCUUGGCACCCGGUGCCAACGCUGUCAACAACGCCGUGUCAGUGGGCCAGCGGAUGGACUACACGCACAUGAACGGCUGGACGAACAGCGCCUAUUCCCUCAUGCAGGACCAGCUGGCCUACCCUCAGCAUCCCAGCAUGAACAGCCCCCAGAUCCAGCAGAUGCACCGGUACGACAUGGCCGGGCUUCAGUACCCCAUGAUGUCCACGGCCCAGACCUACAUGAACGCCGCGUCCACGUACAGCAGCAUGUCACCAGCAUACACGCAGCAAACUUCCAGUGCAAUGGGCUUGGGCUCCAUGGCUUCGGUGUGCAAGACGGAACCCAGCUCUCCUCCUCCGGCCAUAACCUCUCAUUCCCAGCGUGCUUGUUUGGGAGACCUGAGGGAUAUGAUAAGCAUGUACCUGCCCCCCGGAGGAGACAGCGCCGACCACUCCAGCCUACAGAGCAGUCGGUUACACAGCGUUCACCCGCACUAUCAAAGCGCAGGGACUGGCGUGAACGGAACGCUACCCCUAACCCACAUUUGAAAGACUCCUUAAAAAACAAAAAAGACUAAGUACUUCGGAUACUUGAACGUUUUGAUUUGCAAAAAAAAAAGAAAAGAAUCGAAGUUCAAUUUCGUUUUUAAAAAAAGAAACUAUUUUUAAUCUCAAUGAGUUGUCCGUUUUAAAGCAUUUUAUGACGACAUAUCGGGGACUUCAGAAUUAAUUGUAUUGCAGAGGAGCUUUUUAUCACAAGCUGUAAAGCAAUCAACGUCUGUAGAAGAAUAUUGGACUUCUGACUUAUUUGCCGUCAGAGUUUGUCUCUAUGAAAAAGGCACGUGGCUUCGUGAAGAGGCUGUAUUUCAAAAAACUAAAAAGAAAGAGAAACGGAGGGAGAGUAUGUUCACUCAUAAAUGUUUACACUUAUUUUUUAGAAUGUCGGUUUUGUCCAAAUCCGUGUAGUCUUUUUUUUGUCGUUCAUUUAUGAACUAGGUUUUAUUGAAAUGAAAGACUGUGCUGGUCGCAAGCGCAAAGUUUGUUUUAUUUAUAGUGAGUUGUUUUUUUUUUUAAAAAAAAAAAGCUUGUGAACCAUUGUACGUCUUGUUGAAAUGUUCCACUUUUGUUUCGUGAAUCUUCCUUUCUGUGAUGUUAUGGCAGUAUCAGGUUAACCCAUUAUGUGGGACGGAGAGUUUUAUUUAAACUGACGUUUCUACUCAAGACCAUCCUAUUCCUAAAUGAAUAAAUUUGUUUUACAAAAAAGCUCCAUGGCUAGACAUGAUUUAUUAUUUAUUUUUUUUAUUCGGCGACUUGAAUCAUAUUUCUACCGGAAUGACUUAAACUCGCUUUAAGCCGAAUGUGGUAAUUUGAUGCGAUCGGUUAAAUGAAGAGUAAAUAAGCGAAUUCAGACACGCUCGAUACCAGGCAGGUGUCAGCACCCGUGGAUUGUUAUUAAACACCAUUAAACAGCAAAUAUAUCUGUGCCUGUCAGAUGCCUAAAAAAUACAAUCGGUCUGUAAAUGAAUCAAAAAUCAUUCUAAAUAUCGGACCACUGAAACUAAAGCAUCGCGCCUAAAAACCGUGCGCCAUUUCCCCUGAAAUAUCAACUGGUGUAUAUAUAGCUUACUUCUAAAAUGAUUCAGAAAAAUGAAAUUGUUUUCAUUAGAUUUGCUUACUGUUGAUGAGACAACUCUCACUUGCAAGAAUAUGCAACACUAAAAAAAAACAGUAUAAAUCCUAAAUGCAUAAAUUCCAAAAAUAUUUUUUUAAUCACAUAAACUGUAAUUUAUACAAACUGUCUAAUUUUCUCCUUCAUUUUUUACUUGUUGAGUCGUCCAGGUACACACAGUUCCUCAGAACUGUUUUGUGUAAUUACGGUUAACUAUAAAUAUCUUUAAUCCUUUGAGUUUGUCAAAACCUGAAGAUGAAACAGUUGCUAAAUUCUAACAAUUACGUUCAUAAUAAGUGAUUAAUGCAGGAAUUAUUUGGUUGCUAUUUGAUUUUAUGAGCUGCUAAGCUGUGGCAGAUUUUUUGGGGGGGUCAGACAGAGGUUAAAUAUUUGCUGUACAUUAUUCAGUGAUUUGAAUAUCACGCAAUAUUGUAUUUUUGUCUGUAUGUCAAGCGACCUUUUUUACCGUACCUUUCUUGUUGUAGUUAGCCAAGCAAAGGAGGCACAUACAAGGCUGUUACCGACUGCCUCAUGUAAUUUAGGGUGUCAUUUCCACUACUGAGUUCUCUAUAUAUAAUAUGUACAAUAGCCUAUAUGUUUUGUAACAUAUGUUCGUAAAAAUAAAGAAUAUUCAAUGUCUUUA